GUGCCCGGCAGACGGGUUCCCCGGCGGCCCUGGCCAGGAAAGAGGAGUUGCAUGUGUCGCCUCGGCGGGCGGGAGCGGAGGCGGCGGGGGCCGUGCAACCGCCUGGGUUUGUGAAAUGGCUACUGACAUUUCGGAAUCCAGUGGUGCUGACUGCAGAGGGGAUCCGAGGAUCAGUGCCAAGUCAGAUGCGGAUUACCCACAUCGAGUUCUUUAUUGUGGAGUCUGUUCAUUACCAACAGAGUACUGUGAAUAUAUGCCUGACGUUGCUAAAUGUAGACAGUGGUUAGAGAAGAAUUUUCCAAAUGAGUUUGCAAAACUUACUGUAGAAAAUUCACCCAAACAAGAAACUGGAAUUCCUGAAGGUCAAGGAACAAUAGGGGAAGAAGAGGAAAAGAAGAAACAAAAGAGGGGUGGAAGGGGUCAAAUCAAACAGAAAAAGAAGACUGUACCACAGAAAGUUACCAUAGCAAAAAUUCCCAGAGCAAAGAAGAAAUACGUGACGAGAGUAUGUGGCCUUGCAACUUUUGAAAUUGAUCUUAAAGAAGCACAAAGAUUUUUUGCUCAGAAAUUCUCCUGCGGUGCCUCAGUAACAGGGGAGGAUGAAAUCAUCAUUCAGGGGGACUUUACAGAUGACAUCAUUGAUGUUAUUCAGGAAAAGUGGCCCGAGGUGGAUGAUGAUAGCAUUGAAGACCUUGGAGAAGUAAAGAAGUGACUUUGAAGAUGUGUCUGUAUUUAAUGAUCUGAACUGAGAGUUGACAUGGCCCAAAGGAGAGAGUGGCUAUUUAUCCUACAGUCAAGUGCAGACUGCUCUCUCCUUGGUGUUUUCAAUGCUCUGUACAGGCUGCUUGGUUUUUUUUUGUUUUUGUUUUUUUUUAAUUGCCAAAGUCUAAUAAAUAAGAGUGACUGUCAUGCUUAUGCAUGAUUCAGAAUUUAGUCAAAUAAAAAAUUUUAGUCACUUGGUA